UGGAGUUCAUUUCACUGCCGGUGACGUCAGGGUUCACAUCGGCGGCGGCCAUCAUAAUAGCCGUGUCGCAGGUGAAGAACAUCCUGGGCAUCGACGGCAAAGGCAACGGGUUCAUUGGCGCUUUCACCAACCUCUUCCACAACUGGCACUCACUCAGGCCUGGUGACACCAUCAUGGGGCUUACUACCAUUGUACUUCUAGUCAUAGCUAAGAAAUUGAAAGACUACUCGAGUUCGUGGGAAAGCCGAUCAUUGCGAGGCGUGAUGUGGCAAGUAGGCGUGGCUCGUAAUGCCAUCGUUGUGAUAAUUGGAACUUUGAUAGCAUUCCUGUGUGCCAAUAGUGAUCUACAACCGUUUAAGCUUACUGGUCACGUGAACUCUGGUUUGCCGCCAAUCAGUCUGCCGCCAUUUUCCCACUGGGACGGCAACCGCACGGUCACCUUUCCGCAGAUGCUGCACAAUCUCGGCACCGGGACCAUUGUCGCGCCCAUCAUAUCCAUCCUCGAAAGUGUAUCCAUCGCCAAAGUAUUCGCCAAAGGCAAAACACUGGACGCUAGCCAAGAAAUGAUAGCUCUUGGUUUCUCAAAUAUUUUCGGCUCUUUCGUGCAGUCAAUGCCAAUAACUGGAUCUUUCACCAGAACUGCGGUCAACCAUGCUUCAGGAGUCGCCACACAGUUUGGCGGAUUUUUUAACGGCGUGAUGAUAAUAUUGUCAUUGAGCUGCCUCACGCCAACGUUCUACUACAUUCCUAAAUCAACUGUUGCCGGCGUUAUCAUUUGUGCUAUGUUCUAUAUGGUAGAAUAUCAUGUGGUGCUUGUACUCUGGAGGACAAAAAAAAUGGACUUGGUACCAUUCAUAGUGACAUUUCUGUGCUGCCUAUUCGUCAAUCUGGAGAUGGGCAUCGUAUCUGGAAUAACCGUCAACCUACUAUUUAUUCUCUACAACUCUGCCAGGCCGAGAAUUCUUCUACAAUGGAUUUCGAGCGGUAGAGAAGAGGUUCUUCUUGUGACUCCUACACAGGGUCUAGUAUUCCCAGCCACAGAGUACCUGCGGGAGGUCAUCAUCACGUCCUGUGUUAAUCGAGGAGACAGCAAUGCCCCGGUUAUCAUCGAUGGCACUCACAUUCAUUUCAUAGACUCCACAAUGGCCAAGGGCAUCAAACUUCUCCUAGACGAUCUAUUAGUUCGAAAGCAGAAAGUGUACCUGUGGCAUUGGAAUGACGAUGUGGUCGCCACCAUAACUGGCUUCGAUCCCAAGCUCGCGUCGCACUUCCAUUCACAAGGAACGUUACAACAACUGAUCAAGGGAAAUGAAGAGCCUGAAUACGUGGUCGAUGUGCUGAGUGGUCCUGAAACACGGAGAUCGUCCGAGAGAAACAUCCAAUAGUAUUCCUAGUAUUUUAUUAACUGUGCAAGACAUUUUUGGAAAUGCACUAUCCAGAAC